AGUGAUAAAGGCAACACGGGGAGCUGAGGGGCACACGUAGGAGUAGAUUCCUCAAGAGAGGAUGCCUUGAUUAGGUGAAGAUGAGGAAGGCACGUCAGAGCCCAUAUUCCUGGCCCUGGGUGGCUGCUUUCUUCCACCACCCACUCUGACUUCUCCCAGAGACCAAUUCAUUGCUGUCCGUAAGGUUGGAUCAGCAUGUCGGUCAGUGUCCACGAGACCCGCAAGUCGCGGAGCAGCACGGGGUCCAUGAACAUCACGCUUUUCCACAAGGCGUCGCACCCCGACUGCGUGCUGGCCCACCUCAACACGCUGCGCAAGCACUGCAUGUUCACGGAUGUCACGCUCUGGGCCGGCGACCGCGCCUUCCCCUGCCACCGCGCCGUGCUGGCCGCCUCCAGCCGCUACUUCGAGGCCAUGUUCAGUCACGGCCUGCGGGAGAGCCGGGACGACACGGUCAACUUCCAGGACAACCUGCACCCCGAGGUGCUGGAGCUGCUGCUGGACUUCGCCUACUCGUCCCGCAUCGUCAUCAAUGAGGAGAACGCCGAGUCGCUGCUGGAGGCAGGUGACAUGCUGCAGUUCCACGACGUGCGGGACGCGGCCGCCGAGUUCCUGGAGAAGAACCUGGUCCCCUCCAACUGCCUGGGCAUGAUGCUGCUGUCGGACGCCCACCAGUGCCGCCGGCUGUACGAGUUCUCCUGGCGCAUGUGCCUGGUGCACUUCGAGACGGUGCGGCAGAGCGAGGACUUCAACAGCCUGUCCAAGGACAAGCUGCUGGACCUCAUCUCCAGCGACGAGCUGGAGACGGAGGACGAGCGGCUGGUCUUCGAGGCCAUCCUCCAGUGGGUGAAGCAUGACCUGGAGGGGCGGAAGGCCCACCUGCCCGAGCUGCUCCGGAGCGUGCGCCUGGCCCUGCUGCCGUCCGACUGCCUGAAGGAGGCCAUGUCCAGCGAGGCCCUGCUCAUGGCGGACGAGCACACCAAGCCCAUCAUAGACGAGGCUCUCCACUGCAAGACCAAGAUCCUGCAAAACGACGGCGUGGUCACCAGCCCCUGCGCCCGGCCACGCAAGGCGGGCCACACGCUGCUCAUCCUGGGCGGCCAGACCUUCAUGUGCGACAAGAUCUACCAGGUGGACCACAAGGCCAAGGAGAUCAUCCCCAAGGCGGACCUGCCCAGUCCCCGGAAGGAGUUCAGCGCCUCGGCAAUCGGCUGCAAGGUCUACGUGACCGGGGGCAGGGGCUCCGAGAACGGGGUCUCCAAGGACGUGUGGGUGUACGACACUGUCCACGAAGAGUGGUCCAAGGCGGCCCCCAUGCUGAUUGCCCGCUUCGGCCACGGCUCAGCCGAGCUGGAGAACUGUCUCUACGUGGUAGGGGGACACACGUCCCUGGCAGGCGUCUUCCCAGCCUCCCCUUCUGUGUCCCUGAAGCAGGUGGAGAAGUACGACCCCGGGGCUAACAAGUGGACGAUGGUGGCCCCAUUGAGGGACGGCGUCAGCAACGCGGCGGUGGUGAGCGCCAAGCUGAAGCUCUUCGUUUUUGGAGGGACCAGCAUCCACCGGGACAUGGUGUCCAAAGUCCAGUGCUACGACCCCUCGGAGAACCGGUGGACGAUCAAGGCCGAGUGCCCCCAGCCGUGGCGGUACACAGCCGCUGCCGUGCUGGGCAGCCAGAUCUUCAUCAUGGGAGGCGACACGGAAUUCACGGCCGCCUCCGCCUACCGCUUCAACUGCGAGACCAACCAAUGGUCGAGGAUCGGGGACAUGACCGCCAAGCGCAUGUCCUGCCAUGCCCUGGCCACAGGCAACAAGCUCUAUGUGGUGGGGGGCUACUUCGGGACCCAGAGAUGUAAGACCCUGGACUGCUAUGACCCCACUGCGGACACGUGGAGCUGCAUCACCACCGUGCCCUACUCACUCAUCCCGACGGCCUUCGUCAGCACCUGGAAGCACCUGCCUGCCUGAGGAGCACCUGCAGAGCCAGGCUCUGCGCGUUUCUCCCUGCCCCACGGCUGCAGCCCUGUCCCAGUGGCCCUGGCCCUGGCCGCCACGGUGGGAAGCUCAGCCAGCCCUGGGCCAGCACUCCGAGUGGCCGGAAGCCGACCCCACCAGCUCUGGGAGCAUUGGCCUGGGGAGCUAUUCUGAGUUUUAAACAAGAGGAGAGAAGCCGUCUCCAGCACCAGUGUGUCUGCCUGAGGCUUUUUCUACUUUGCAGUGGUUUGGGGGGAGAAGAUAUUCCAGAGGGGCGAGCACUGACACCAGGACUCUCUCGGACUCCAGGAGGAAAACAUGUUUGCAGAGCUUUGAGGUCACCUGUUCCACCAAGUCCUAAUGUCACCCAAAGAGGACAUCCCAGGUCUCAGGGAAACAGGACCCAGCAGAAGUUACCAAGGAGAAAACUGAGGAUACAUUUUAUAAUGGACAGAAACCUGCAGGGUGUCCUCAGUGACAUCCACAAGGCUUCAAUAGCAGAUGACACCCACGCCACAGCCGGGUUAAAAAGUAAGUCUCUGGGUCCCUCCCCAGAGCUGGGCUUGCCCUCGGUGUCCUUGCUACCUCCCAGUCAGGCUGGCCAUGCCCAGGUGCAGACACAUGCUCCUGCCCAGUCCACACAGGACCCAGGACCUUGGGUGACAUAUGCUGCUAGACAAGGGGAUGCCCUUGGGGGCAUCCCCAUCGCCUCCUCUCCUCUGAGUACAAGACAAGGAGCAGCAGUGACCAGUCUCCUGAUGGGACCACACCCAUCUUCAGAUUGUGGCCCUCCCCUUCAAGAUGAGCAGCAGAUAGGAGCUGGCGACCCAGAGGGACUCCAGGGUGCCCACUGGUGCAGGACGCAUCUGUGUGUGGAGGCCAGCAAUGAGGUCACCAAGCCCAGUCAGCACCCGCUGGCCUCUGGCAUCCCGGUCUUCCAGCUGGUAACUGGAUCUGGCCCAUUUGCCCCCCAAGCUCACAAAGCAAGCACAGUCCCAUGAGAACUGCCAGACAUCUGUUCACCGUUUUUACCUUCCAAGUCACUGGGUCCCUCCCUCAUCAGCAUAUCCUCAUCUGGAGAGGUCAGCACCUCCUAGCGGCCACCCUGACACCUAGUGUGAGAGUUUCUGGCUCACCCCUUGCUCACCCCGAUGUGCCACCAGUCGGGGAGGGGGCUGUUGGUGCCUUGGCCAAAACCUGUGGCUCCCGCCUGCCCUCUGCGCAGUGCUCCCUGGCUGGUUCAGGGCCAGGCACCAAAGCAGGGCCACAUCACAUGCCAGCUGCUUUCCGUGAUUCAGCCCUGCCCCUCACAGGACCUCCACGUGGGCACUAGUCCUUUGGCCUUCUCUUGGGGACUCAAAUGUUCACCCACUGAUGAGCACCAGCUGCCACUCGGGCAUGUUCUGAGAGCAGAAGGCACACCUCCGGUCUUCAGCCCCCACAGACGCUCUCGGGCCAGAGCCUCCCUGCAGCCACGGGCUCCAGUCCCAGGAGCUGGCUGGCGGGGGCCUGUGGGGUGCUGAGCUGAGCUAAGCACACUCCUCACAGCAUAAAGUACCUCGAGGUGCUUUCCCUGACUGUUAUUUUUUCUGUUUCUGAGUUAAUAAAUGAAUUGAGAACA